AUGUGUUAUAUUAUGGCUUGGAUAUUUGGAGGAAUUGAUUUGCAAAUUAAUGCAGUUUUCUUUGAACAUUCUCCUCUUGGGGAAGAAGGUAUUAGAACUGCCAGUCAAAGAACUCCAAUUGAGGCAAAUUUUACCAUUACACAUAUGCAAAUGAUUUUGGCUGCUAUUCUCUUUUUGUUGGCUGUUGUAUUUUUAAUUGAGUUGUUCUUUUUUCAUAUUAUGUUGCGUGUAUUUCGUUAUAUUAGAGAUCAAAAUGGAAAUAAAUUGGAGAGCAAUAAUAAUUCUUUUGUGAAAGUUGAAAAUGGAAUUAUUGUUGGAGGCAAUGUUCAAAAUGACAACAAUCUAAGAUCUCCUCCACAUAAUCAACAUCAACAACAAUCUCCACCUUCACUUAAAACAUGUGCAAAUAUUUCUUCUCCCCAAUUACCAAAUACAAGUACAACAUCCACAACAGCCACAUUUAGUAUAAAUUCUUCUCCGCCUCCUCCUCUUGUAUUGAAUGAAACGAAUAGAAUUUUACCGCCAACAAUUCAGAUACCCGGAAAUCAACGGCAUCCAUACAAUUCUCAUAGUAGUCCAGCAGUCUACUACGAAGUUCAACCGAGGAAGGAAUUGCAUGUUUAGAAAUACCAAAUUCAACAAAUUCCAAGUUAAAAAAAUGCAAAACAUGGACAUAUGA